AUGACUGAACCAAGCAAAAAAGGCACCCAACCUGUGGAGAAUGUUGCAGAAUUUGAGCUGCGAGAACGUGCUUUAAUUCAUGGUUACAAUGCCGAGAUAGCAAAGUACAAGCUAUUGGUUCGGAAACUUCGUCAAGAACUUGGCUUUCGCAACACCAGUCACCUCUCACCAAAUAAAAGCCUACGUCCCGAACUCAGCAGUUGUCUAGAACAUAAUGAGCUGAAGCAGUAUUUACUGCGUCAGGUAAAGAAACUUCAAGACGAACUGGACAAAAACUCUCAGUGUGUGUCUGAGUUGCUUCAUGAACUCGAAGUUAAGAAGGCUGCAGAGACGGAUUUAGAAGAGAGGUUAGAGAAAGAAGCGAAGGGACACCAGCAGGCCAAAGCUGCUGUGUCUGAGAUGAGAGAGAAGCUGAAGAAAUUGAAUGAAAGAUGUCGUUCGUCGUCCUUCGAGGCAGAAAAAACUUAUUUAACAAUCAACAGUGAGAUGUUUGACAGUGGAGAUUGUGUUCUGUCUUGCAAAGAGAACAAAGAUGAGGAAUUUGCUUUGGGUGUUAAGAAAUCUGAUGAAAACCAGUCUGAGCAUAGUGAUGGGAACAAGGAGGCAAGGAAUAAAAUAGUCAAGACGAAGAAAGAGAGUCCUCUUUUGAGCAUCGAGAAUCAAAAUGACACGAAACUGUCUGUGUUUGAUAAUCAUAACUUGAAGGAUAAAAUAAUUAAUAAGAAUAAGGAAAUCUUGAAAUUACAAGAGACACUGCUUUCAUAUUCAGAACUGGACUCCAAAUAUCAAAAGAAAAUCAAAGAAAAUGAGGAACUUUUAUGCAAAGUUCAAAAGCAUGGAACUCUCGAACGUGAUCUUAAAAAGAAAGUGAAAAAUUUAGAAGCAAAAGUAGAAAAGAUAGUGGUGUUUGAAGUUGAGAUAGAGAGCCAAGUUGCCAUCAUUAAACACCUUCAAUCAGCGGUGGAUGAGAAAUCUAAAUUAUUGUCUGAUCUUCAGAGUCAGAAUGGUGGAGAAAGUCCCAUGUUGAAACGGAAGAUGGAAGAGAUGCAAACUGUGAUGGAAGGUUUGCGUGAAAUGGUCGAUGACAGCACAAAAGAACUGGCCAAAAAUAAUGAGAAAAUCAGUGAUUUGGAAAACAAAGAAAAGAUGGUGUCUUCUCUUCAGACAGAAUUGGAAACCUUGAAAUCUUGUCAGAGUAGUUUGAAGUCUGAGGCUAAGAUUAAGUCUGAUUCUCUUCAGAGUAAACUUGAUGAGUUGCAAUCUGAGAAAGACAAGGUCUGCAAAGAAAAAGAUUGUUUAGAGAAUGAAGUGAUUCAGUUGAAAGAGCUUGUUGAGAAGAAAACAGAAGAAAUGUCUAGUUUGAGAACAGAGCUGAAAGCCAAAGACAUUGAGAGUGAGAAAGAAAAUGUAUUGGUUAUCAAUAACUUGAAGAAUACAUUACACAAUGCAGUAAGUGAACGGGAAGGUGUGGUGCAGGAAUUGGCAGAAGCUAAAGAGAAACUGUUGGGAAAAGAUGAAGAAAUCUGCCAAAUGUCCAAAAAGAUUGAGGAAUAUGAGAAAAAAUUAGAAGACUCAAAGACUGAAUUGGAAGCUGUUCAGGAAAAGAAAAGUAUUGAAAGUGAUGCUCUGAAUGAUAUAAUUAACGAGAUGAACAACAAAAUAGCUAGCAUGAACCUACUGAAGGAAAAACUUCAGAAAGAAAUAGUGAAUGUUGCGGAACAUUUGAAAUCUUUGAAAACGGAACUGGCUACAGUUCGUCAACUGAAAUUAGACAUGGAUGACAAUGUGAAGAGCUAUAUGGCAGAUCUGAAGUCUAACCUGAGUGAAAUUACUGGUCUUACUACUGCUGCUGCUGCUGCUCACUGUGAUAAGUCGAUGUUGACCGAUUUGGAGAUGCUGCCUGAAAAGAAGGAAAUUGAAUCUCUGAAUUUGAAGAUAGUUGACUUGGAGAAAGAUCUGGAAGACAAUGUUCAUGUGAGAGAAAAUUUUAUGAUUGAAAUUUCCUGCCUUGUGGCAUCAUUGAAAAAUAAAGACCAACAAAUAGAAAAUUUAACCAAAGACAAAAUCCAGGCAUCUGAGGAAGAAUCUUCAGAGAAGAAAGUAAAUCUUGAAAGUGAUGUUGGAUCUGAACACACAAGGAAUCGAUUGUCCAGUGAGAAAUCCGAUGAUCUGAGUUCAUCAUCAUCAUCAUCAGGUGAGAAACAGCACCACCAGGUGUCACCACCAAAGAAACCAGCCCGUCAGUCGGCACCAACGAAGCCAAGAAGACAGUCAUUAUGUAAGAAACAAGAUGGAGACACACAGACUUCUCCUGAGAAGCAGGACAGGGUUAAACAGACAACUCCUGAGAUGCAAGUCGGAUCCACGCAGACGUCUCCUGAGAAGCAGGAGAGACUUUCAAAUAUGACAAAGAAAGCAAAACAAGAAGAAAAUGAAGAAACUAUGCAGAUGGAUGAAACCAAUUCAGAGAACUUUGGUGACAAGCAUCAUGUGAACUUGAUGAAACAAGAGCUGGGAUCGAUGGCGUCAAAACUGGAGUCUUUGCAGAAGUUCUACGACGACGAGAAAUCCUUAAACGAUGAAGUUAAGUCUGAACUGAAUGAUGUCAAGGUGAAGCUGUCCGAAGUGAAAGCUUCAUACGAGGCCGAGAAAUCUGUGACUCACCGGCUUCGUUAUGAUCUAAAUGAUGUGAGGAGCAGCUUGAACGAGGUGCUUGAAUCAUACGAGCAGUUGAACCUAUCCCGGAGCGUAGUGCUUGGCGAUGAUCAACCUGAGGUUAAUGAACAGACAAUAAAGUCGUUACUUAACGAGCUUACCCUGCCACAGCAGGACAUCAUCAACGCCCUUCAAAAACAAGGACAAAGUUGGAAGAGAAAGUAUGAAGAAACAUCACUGGAACUUGUCUCAGAGCGCCAGAAACUUCUGGACAGUCAGCAUCAACCUGACUUCAACACCAAAGCGGAAAAUAAGAAGCUCAGAAAAGAACUGAUGUCAAUAGAAAAACAGCUGAAAGAGGUUCAGUCUCAACAUGAAAUCCAUUUGAUCACCAUGGAAACGGAAAGGAUGACGAAAGAGUUGAUCGAGGAACGUAAGCGCAGCGAGGACCGUCAUCUGCAAGAGGACAUGUCGAGGUUACGGCAUCAGUUGCAGCUGGCGAAAGAAAACAGUGAAAAAUAUUCAAAGCUUAAAAUCGAAGUGGAAUUAUUGAGGGAUGAGAAUAAUAAUCUAAAGAAAGAGAAAUUAGAUGUUCCAGUUGAUGAUAAAGUAGAUGAGGAUAAAAUAGAUAAGGAUAAAGAUAAGCGGGAUUGUAAAUCCAGUAAAGAAGACAUGGAUUUAGGUGACAUGUCAACGGCUAAAGGGAAGGAGGAUUCGGAGGAGACAUCAAAGGCAACAGUUGCUACGCAGACGGAUCUCGACAACAAGGAAACCUGCGAUGUGUGUGAACUGAUGAAGACCGAGAAGCAACAGUUGGCCGAAAAACUCAAAGUAAGUCAGAAAAAGAUCCUUGCUUUCGAAGAAGACGUGGACGUUGCAGAAACUCCGCCAUUCAGUCGAGUCGGUAGCAGUCGGCAGCUGCGGCGGGAGAAGAUUUUGGCAGAAACUGCCAAGAUGGAAGCGGAAUUUGCUCUGAAAGUUGCACAAGAGAAAAUUCUCACGCUGACCAAAGACCUUGAAAAGCUUCAAGAGACUAAAUGCCAAGAGCCUUCUCAAAAGGAAGUUUGGUCGGUGCCAUCAAAGUCCUGCAGUUGCCAAACGAACGACAUUUCUCUCAUUGAAGACAAAAAUGAAGAAUUCAAGAAACUAAAAGAUGAUCUUGAAAUGGAAAGAAGACGAAUUGUCACAUCACAACAAGAUCUUCAGCAGAAGUCCUCUAUUAUUGAAACCCUGAAAAUGUCCCUAAAAGACCAAGAUGACACCAUUGUAGAGUUGGAAGAUAUUAUGAAGAGGAAGGAGUCCAAGAUCAAUACUCUUGAAGAAGAAUUGCUACAAAAAGACGAAAAAGAUAGAAAGAGAGUUGCUGCAACAUCCGACAAAUGUGAGCAAUGCAGGUUAUCACUUGUUGAAGGAAACGCACCAGAAACGAUGGAGUCUUCCAAUGGCUCGGAGGGCACCAGCAAAGAUAGCAAUCUUCAAACUGUUGUUUCGCACCAAACGAAAACCAUCCAAACAUUGAGUCACGAGAAAUCCCAAACGGAACUCACUUGCAAAAACAUGAACCUGGAAAUGCAGCACAUGAAGAUGGCUUUGGCAGUGAUGGAAUGUGAAAGAGAUUCACUGCGAAAGCGGCUGGAGAUGGUUUCCGGAAAAUCAGUGCAAAGUCCAACCACAAAUACACAGGGAGCUGCUACAAAAUCUCACCAAAGUCCCAUGGUGAGUGCCCAUUCAGCUGCUGGGAGAUCUUUCCAAAGUCCUGCAAUAAAAUCCUCAAUCGCUUCUGCAAAGUCUCAGCCAAGUCCUUCAAGGCUGAUGCCACCACCACCAUCAUCAUCAUCAUCAUCUUCAGAGAGGAAAGACAAUGGAAAUGGUGCUGCCCAAAAUACAAAAUCCGUGGAAGAGACUACGCCUGGAAAAGGUAUAAUGUUACGAAAUGUUGAGCAAUGGCGCAAACAGAAAGCUCUUGUGGUAAACAGCAUAAAGAAAGCUAAUGUAGAAAAAAUAGCUACAACUCUAUCAAAUUCUCAAGCACCCAAGACAUCACAUUCGGUUCAUAAGCACAACAGCCCUGCACCAAACUCUGCGGUCCCAUCGCGUCUUUGCAACAAUGUCACUAGUUCUUUGCAUAGAUCACCUUCCACCUGCCGUACCCAGCGUCUGUGUAACAUGAAGCAAAAUACUAAUACUGGCACCAGCAGCCCUGUUCCAUCAAAGAAAGUGAUAGUUUCCAGUGAACCAAGUAAAACUCCACAAGUUGAGGGACCCCCUGAAUCUGCUGAAUCACCACCAAUGUCACCAGGGAUACCAACAGACCGAAAGAACUACAGAGAAAUCGAUGUGACCCCACCGGUAGCUAUCCGGGCCUUGAGAAGGAAUCGCAAGCGAAAGCCAUUGGAGACCUCCCCUCAGAAAAAUCUUCUGAACAGUAGUAAAUAUUCCAUUUCAUCAAAAGCUCUAAACCUGUGCCACAAAGCAAAUGUAUCGGAUGAGCAACCUAAUUCAUCAGCUCAGGGAGAAGAAGGUGAAGCAGUUAGACAAUUGCCUCCAAGACGUUCGAAGUCCGUAGCUAUAAAGAAAAUCCAAAGCCAAAACAGUUUCUUGAAGAACUCUCCCGUCUCAGUAGACUCUCCAGUCUCGAAGAACUCUCCAGUCUUGAAGAAGAAGAAAGAAAGCGACUCCGAAGACAUUUCUCUAGAGACCGGCACUCCGCAAGGAUCUCCGCAGAAGAGUACAAUGGAUCGGAUCCGUAACCUGAAAAACAGCUUCCGCUCCUCUUCUUUCCGCAAAGCUCGGAAUUUACUGAAACCAAACAGCAAUGUCUCCUCCCCAGUUUAUGAUUCUCCGAGAAAUCAAACAGUGAAACCGAGUGUAGCCUCGACAACAAAGCCCUCCAAAACGGCCAUCACCUCAGAUACAGAAUCUUCCAACAACAAGAAUCUACAAAACAUUCUCACAAACACCACUACACGUUCAAGGCGGCGACUGUACAAGGAUCAGAUUGUCGGACCGAUGGACUUUGUGAACGUCACAGCAACAACAACUCUAAAACCAAAAGAUGAUGUCUUCAACAGUCUCAUGCAUCAACUUCGAAACAGACGUAGAGAAACUCAAUACAAAUCUUAAAACAAAGGAAACGUUUUAUUUCUCUUCCUCUACUUUCUGUUUUAUUAUUUGUUUCUUUGCGCGAUUAUUUUAUGCAAGAAAACAUAAUUUACAUUGUUUGUUUUUUUAUUUUUAUAUUGUAUUUUUAAAUCAAUCCUGCCUUGUCGUUCACCUCCUCUUCCUUCUCCCACUACUCCUUUCCAGUAUCUUUUCCCUCCUAUGUAUUUGUUACAUUCUUUUCUUCUUCCUUCAUUACUUCUUGCCUUCUCUUGUCUUUCAUUUCACCUUCACUUCUUUUCAAUACUUUCUCUUUUGCAAACACAUACACACAUACAUUCAGACGUUUACAUACAUAUAUACACAGACACAUGCAUUCACACACACACACACAUGUAUAAUAACUUACGCUCACAGAU